UAUCCUUAUAAAUUAUUACACUCACAAGCUACCAUUACUUUCCUUAAUCCUAUUCACAUCAUUUUCACAAUAUCCUUAGGUUAUUUUCCAUGGCUUAUUCUCCUAUAAUAUUUUUGACUUUCUUUUUUAAUUAUUUUGUUUUUGCGUUUUCUAGUAACAUUAAUCAAGGAUUGGCUAUAACUUGGGGUAAUGGUCGUGCUAAGUUCCAAGACAAUGGAAAGCUUCUUACUCUAUCACUUGAUAAGUCUUCUGGCUCAGGAUUUCAAUCUAAAAAUGAGUAUUUGUUUGGGAAAUUUGAUAUGCAAGUUAAGCUAGUUCCCGGUAAUUCUGCCGGUACUGUCACAACUUAUUACUUGAGAUCAAAAGGAGUAGCAUGGGAUGAGAUAGACUUCGAAUUUUUAGGAAAUUUGACAGAUGAACCUUACAUUCUACACACUAAUAUUAUUAGUCAUGGAAAAGGCAAUAGAGAACAACAAUUUUACUUGUGGUUCGACCCAACUGCCGAUUUUCACACCUAUUCAUUUCUUUGGAAUCCUCGAAGCAUCGUCUUAAUGGUGGAUGGCACUCCAAUAAGAGAGUUUAAAAACAUGGAACAUUUUGGUGUACCCUUUCCUAAGGAGCAACCCAUGAGGAUGUACUCGAGCUUAUGGAAUGCAGACGAUUGGGCUACACAAGGUGGUCGCGUCAAGACAGAUUGGUCGAAAGCUCCUUUCAUUGCUUCCUAUCGGAACUUCAAUGCCAAUAAUGCUUGUAUUUGGUUAUCAGGAAAACUUUUGUGUAGAUCCGAUCAUCAUUCUAUGUCUUCUAAAGCAUGGUUAUCCCAAGAGUUGGAUUCUAUAAGCCUAAAUAGGAUGAAAUGGGUGCAAAUGAAUUAUAUGAUUUAUAAUUAUUGUACUGAUAUCAACCGAUUUCCUAAAGGACUUCCUAAGGAAUGUGUAGCUUCUACUUGAAUGUAUAAAUAGUUUGAGGAUCUUGAAUUUAUGCUCAUGAUACGUAAUUUACAAAAAUUAUACCAAAUUAGACUUUAAGAAUAGGUAGAUUUUAAUUGCAAAAAUUAAAUACCGUUAAUGGUCCCGGCGGGACUCGAACCCGCGACUUUCGGCUCAUAAGACCAACGCUCUAACCAACUGAGCUACGGGACCUGUUCAUUAUAUUUACUAUAAAACUUUUUUUUAUUAUAUAUACUUUCGAUAAGAGUAAUCCGUCCGCGGGUAACAUUGUAGUGGGUUUUAAUAAUAUUCCGGUAGGCCUGACUAAUCCAUAAAACCAGGCCCAGUUUGCGAUUAAAUGAGAUAGUCUUAUUCACUAGUGAAAGACCGUAUUUUAAGGAGACGAUCUUAUAAGAAAGAGUUAAUAAAUUAUAUUAAUUGGGCAAUUCAACCUAUG